UUAUACUACAGAAUUGACAAUCGCGAAGUCAGAUGAUUUGAAGCACUCGGCGAGAGAAGGUGCUUCACUGCCAAAAAUACUUAUAUACACGGAACAAUCAAUCGUAAAAUGUGAUAAUCAAUCGACAACGAAGUUCCAUCGACUGUCUGUGAUAUAAAUUUUAGUGAAAUCUACAUACAAAACUCCCGUUAUUGUGAUUCUUGUGUGAAUUUGAGGUUACUGUCGUUCAUAGCACAUAUUAACUUAAGAAAAAUUCAGGAUGGACGGAACAAAGUAUUCGGAUAUGAAGAAGAGAAAGCCUCAUCCUAUAGAAAGGGGAAACAUAUUCAACCGAAUAUUUUUUUGUUGGUUUUUUCCAUACCUCUCCAAAGGGUUGAAAAGAGAAAUUGACGAAGAUGACAUGUACGAAACUAGAAACUCGCAAAAAUCCGAAAAACUCGGGAAUAAGCUGCAAGCUGCUUGGAUGGUUGAGACGAAGAAAAAGAAUCCCUCGUUAAUGAAAGCUUUAUUUGUGGUCUUCAGAGUGGAACUGGCCCUCUAUGGAUUAUUCAAUAUCUUCACUGAAUCUGUAAAAAUAAUUCAACCGAUGCUCAUCUCCAAACUGGUCUCAUUCUUCCAACCAAACAGUCCCGAGGCAAGCUCAAAAGAAAUCUACACGUACGCGUCCAUUAUCGUUCUGUCAUCUCUCAUGCAGGUAAUGUGCAACCACAACUACCAAAUGUUGGUAAUGACCUUGGGAAUGAAAGUGCGAGUAGCAGCUUGCUCGCUAAUCUACCGGAAAUCUCUGAAGCUGAGCAAGACAGCUCUUGCCGAAACCACAGUCGGCCAAAUGGUCAACUUGCUGUCCAACGAUGUCGGGAGAUUUGAUUUCGCAGCGCAGCACAUCCACAAUUUGUGGAUAGCCCCCUUAGAAACGGUGGUAGUUAUGUACUUGUUGUACAUAUACGUUGGCCCAACUGGAUUGGUUGGUACCAUUUUCCUCUUGUCGUUUAUCCCAUUUCAAAUGUAUAUGGCCAAACUAACAUCAAAAUUGAGACUGAAAACUGCCAUUCGUACAGAUGAAAGAGUACGACUGAUGAACGAGAUCAUUUCCGGAAUACAAGUUAUCAAAAUGUAUACAUGGGAGAAGCCUUUCGCCAAACUUGUCGAUAUAGUAAGAAAGAGAGAAAUUGAUCAAAUCCGAGCAACCUCCAUAAUCCGAGCCAUUCUCAUGAGCUGCAGCAUGGUUCUGGUCAGAGGCGCAGUCUACAUUUGCAUUUUAACCUAUAUCCUUACUGGGAAUACUCUCACUGCAACAUACGCCUACACCAUCUCUUCCUUCUACGGUGUUCUCCAAGUGACAGUGACCAUGUUCUUCCCUCAAGCCGUUAUUCAAUUCGCAGAAACGACAGUUUCCGUGAAGAGAAUUCAACAGUUUCUGUCAUAUGACGAGCUCUCAAACGCCACCAUGAUAGACAGCGGACAUCUAUUGAACGGUGUCAAUGGUAAAGCACACAUAGACACAAAAACCAAAGAAGUUGGAAUCCACCUGAAGAACAUGUCAGUCAAGUGGCUCAAGUCUCUGCAAGAAAACACUCUAGAAAAUAUCAAUUUAGAAGCCAGCCCCAAGCAGUUGGUCGCUGUAGUAGGGCCAGUGGGCAGCGGCAAGUCAACCCUUCUGCACGCCAUCUUGAAAGAGUUAUCACCCGUGGAGGGUUCUGUUAGUAUAGGAGGAUCUGCGUCGUAUGCUUCGCAAGAACCUUGGUUAUUCGGAGCAAGCGUUAGGCAAAAUAUUUUGUUCGGGCAGAAGUACGACCCUGUCAAAUAUGAGGAAGUUAUUAGAGUUUGUGCUCUUCAGAGAGAUUUCAGUCUCUUUCCUCACGGAGACAGAACGCUAGUGGGGGAAAGAGGAGUGGCUCUCAGUGGGGGGCAGAGGGCAAGAAUUAAUCUAGCUAGAGCAGUUUAUAAAGAAGCAGAUAUUUACUUACUGGACGAUCCCCUAUCAGCAGUCGAUACACAUGUUGGAAAACAGCUCUUCAACGAAUGUAUCUGCGGGUACUUGAGGAACAAGUGCGUUAUUCUGGUAACACACCAGCUACAGUUUUUGAGAAAGGCACACUGUAUUUACCUGCUCGAAGAUGGUGAGGUUAGAUCAUCUGGCACUUACCAGGAGUUGAAGAACUCUAACAGCGAUUUUACCAAGCUCCUCGAAGAAUCCAAAGAGGAGGAGAAAAAAGUUGAAAGACGUAAAUUAUCCAGAAUCGAACAAACGGACGAGACCGACAUAGAAGAAAAACCUGUGAUUUCUGAGGAAAGGGAGCAACGGGCUAGUGGCAUCAUCACUUGGUACGUUUAUCGCAGUUACCUACAGGCAGGAGGUAACUGGUGUAAGACGAUUUCAUUGUUGAUGCUCUUCGUGAUAUCGCAAGUGUUUGGCAGUUCAACCGAUUACUUCAUAACCACUUGGGUCAAUUUGGAACAGACAAGGGAGGAAAAUAGAGAUCGAACAAUUCUGAGGGUUCUCAAUGAUAGUUCGUUAAAUAAUACAGUUUUUUCAAGCACAUCCUCCCCUGUACCAGAAUAUGAUAAUACAUACGACUCUGUACUUACUCAAAGAACAUUGAUUAUUAUAUACAGUUGUUUGGUAGCUGCAGUGAUGGUCGUUACUAUUACGAGAUCGAUAUCGUUUUUCAGAUAUUGCAUGGCUGCAUCUACUAGGUUACAUAACUCGAUGUUCAGUAAGAUCGUGUAUUCCACUAUGAGGUUCUUCAACACGAAUCCUUCCGGAAGAAUUCUCAACAGAUUCUCCAAGGAUAUUGGAGCAAUUGAUGAAACACUGCCUUUGACUAUUGUGGAUACUCUUGGAAUUGGCCUAUCGGUUACAGGAAUAACUGUGGUGAUUACUACAGUGAACCCUUGGACCCUCAUACCGUCUGUGAUCAUAUUGACAAUAUUUUAUCAUAUAAGAAAAGCAUUUCUUGCGUCAAGUAGAAAUAUAAAACGUGUCGAAGCCAUCACACGUAGUCCAAUGUAUACUCAUUUAACCGCCUCUCUACAAGGUGUUACAACUAUCAGAGCUUUCGGAGCAGAGAACAUUCUAACGAAAGAAUUCGACAAUUUUCAAGACGCCUACACUUCGGCAUAUUUCAUGUUCUUAACUGCCAAUAGAGGUUUUGGUUUCUGGUUGGACAUGCACUGCGUUUUGUACGUUGGAUUAGUACUAAUUAGUAUAUUAUUCAUACAGAGUGAAUCUUUUGGUGGUAACGUCGGAUUAUCUCUGACUCAAGCGAUGGGGUUAUCAGGCAUGUUCCAGUGGGGAAUGAGACAGUGGAGUGAACUUGAAAAUCAAAUGACAUCUGUUGAGAGGGUUCAAGAGUACGCAGACAUCAUACCAGAACAAGAUACAAACACUAAAGAACCGCCAAUAUGCUGGCCAGAGGCAGGAAGCAUCAAGUUCUUGAAUGUCUUCCUCAGGUAUUCCAAAGAAGAUCCUCCUGUAUUGAAGAAUCUCGUGUUCGAAAUAAAACCAAGAGAAAAAAUUGGGAUAGUCGGGCGAACGGGAGCUGGCAAAUCAUCUCUCAUACAAGCGCUGUUCAGAUUAACAGAUAUAGAAGGUAGCAUUUUGAUAGAUGGUGUUGACACAAAAACCGUUUCGCUAAAAGUUCUCAGAUCAAAAAUAUCUAUAAUACCCCAAGAGCCUGUUCUAUUUUCCGGAACACUCAGGAAAAAUUUAGAUCCUUUCGAUGAAUAUCAAGAUGAGAAAUUGUGGAAUGCACUGGAAGAAGUAGAACUGAAAAAUACUGUAGAUGAACUUCCUGCAGGUCUGGACAGUAAAAUGGCUGAAGGCGGUUCCAACUUCAGCGUAGGACAAAGACAGCUUCUCUGCCUCGCUCGUGCUAUAGUACGGAACAACAAAAUCUUAGUCCUAGAUGAGGCAACCGCCAACGUGGAUCCGCAGACCGAUGGCUUGAUUCAAAGCACCAUAAGGCAAAAGUUUGCUACUUGUACUGUACUAACCAUCGCACACAGACUCCACACUAUUAUGGACUCGGAUAGGGUUUUAGUGAUGGAUGCUGGGCAAUCUGUGGAAUUCGACCAUCCGCAUUCUUUGUUACAGAAUAAAACCGGAGUCUUUUAUGGAUUAGUGAAACAAACUGGCCAGGCAAUGGCUGCAAACCUACAGUCGAUUGCCGAAGAAAGUUAUAUUUCUAAGACUACCUCAACGUCACUAUAAGACUAUUUUGUGUAUAGAUUAUAUUCUAAAUAUGAUAGUUUUCAUAUAUUUUUUUAACAAAACAUUGUGAUAUGAAUUUACUAAUAAAAAUCUUCCAUUUCA